UGUUGACCGGUAUCCAAAUGGAUCCAUUGCCGCCUCUGGCCCGAGUCACGAUCGUCCAAACCCUAGUCGAGAGAAGGCCAAGCGGUGGAAUAUUGAAACCCUUUUUUCGAAGGAGCCGCUGCGUCUCCAAGGGAAGGCCAGAAGAGCAACGGCGAGAGGCGAGAGAUGGCCGUUCCGGGGAGGCGCAACGGUCUGAUGGACGAUGAGGAGGACGAGGAGGGACUCUUCGACGAGGUGGAAGGAGAGGCCUGGGCCGAUCUCCAGCGGGACGUCCCUCCCCACCUCCGCGCCCUCGUCGACGCCGCCCAGCGCGGCAACGUCGAUGCCCUCCGCCUCGCCCUCGAUAAUCACAAUGGCAGCAUUGAUGAUCCAGUUGAAGAUGGUGAUACUGUCCUUCACUUGUCCUGUCUCUAUGGCUAUCUUCCGUGUGUACAGGCUAAAUCUUCCUCUCAGCUACUGUUGCAACGGGGGGCUAACUUAGAGUCUAAAGAUGAGGAAGGGGCAAUUCCUCUUCAUGAUGCUUGUGCUGGAGGAUUUACCGACAUUGUUCAAUAUAUAAUCAACUUUGCUGGUAGCCCUGAAUGUGUUGAGCGAAUGCUGAAUACCACUGAUGCUGAAGGAGAUACUCCUCUUCAUCAUGCAGCUAGAGGUGAACAUCUUGAUGUCAUACGGUUGUUGCUUGCAGCUGGGGCUUGUCCUAAGAAGACAAAUGCAUAUGAAAAGGUUCAUAUGACAUGAUUUUUGAUGCCAUAUACUCCUGCUGAGCUUGCGAGUCAAGAUACAGAAGUUCAGAGUGUUUUAACAGCAGCAGCGGCUUCUGCCCCAGAUGCUGUUUGUUGUCAGUAGGAUUGGCAGAACAUUUGAAAGCCAGUCAUAAGUACAGCCCCCUUUCUUCCACCUCUACAGUAAACUGAAACUUUCUAUAGGAAUGAUUUGGUAAGUUGAGAUUUAUAAGGAUGGAGAUUGUUUUUGGUUUGCUUGGUUAGAAUGGUUUCAUCAUAAGAAUAUCACUUACAAUUAGAACUUUUUAUUUGUGUACAAGUACUUUUUGCUUUUGGGAUACCCAGGAUCAUAAUGUAUACUCUCAAAUUUCUAGUAGAUUAUUUGAUGAAUCAGUUCCUUGAUUAGAUCUCUUCA